GAGCCUGCACCUGACAUCGGGGGCCUGCACUCCGAGAUUGGACCCAGAGAUCUGGAAACCCUUGGGCUGGGACCCCACGACCUGGAGUCUGAACACCAAUAUCUGUGGCUGGAAUCUCAAUAUGAGUCGCUGGGACUCCAGUAUUUGGAACCUGAGCCCCAAGAUUUGGAGUAUGGACCCCAACAUUUGGAGCCUGAACUUCAAGAUUUGGCAUCUAAAAUCCCCAAUCUGGAGCUGAACUCUGAAUUCUGUGCCUGGGACCUUGAAAUCUGGGAUGGAAUUCCUGUCUGUAUCAUGGAAUCCAUUGUCUGGGACCUGAACCCCGAGAUUUAGGCUUCAAUUUCCAAGAUCUGAACCCUGGCAUUCCAAGGGGCCUAAACCUGAGUUCCAGCCAGAAGUCCUUGCUGCAAACCUGAAUGCUGACAUUUGGAACUAAAUACCUCCAAAACUUGACUUAGGACCCCAAUAACUGAACCCGGCAUCCCAGUACUGGAUCCCAGGACUGAUUAGGACUUAGACCCUAAACUCUCCAUUUGGCUGUUUAGCAAACCAAGACUGGCGCUGGGUGACCCUGACUCAGACCAACCCAAAGGAGUGUCUGGGUCUCUAAAAUUGGACUCUAGAUGUCCAAUAUUUGGGGAUCUGGGAUUCCAAGUAUCAAGGUCUAGAGACUGUGACAACAUAUAUAAGCUGAGACACAACAGAUAGUCCCUCUACUGAGGCCUUGGGGACAGGGAAGACAUGACCAAGCAUCCCCUCCAGAGCCCUGACCUUUGACCCCCUUGGAGCCUGAGGACUCUGCUCCCUGGGACAGCUUCAAGCUCAGGCCACCCCUGCCCGAGAUGGCCGUCCUCCCGCUGCUCCUUUGCCUGCUACCGCUGGCCCCUGCCUCAUCUCCACCCCAGCUAGCCACACCCAGCCCGUGUCCCCGCCGCUGCCGCUGCCAGACACAGUCACUGCCCCUAAGUGUGCUGUGCCCAGGGGCAGGCCUUCUGUUUGUGCCACCCUCGCUGGACCGCCGGGCAGCCGAGUUGCGCUUAGCGGACAACUUCAUUGCGGCUGUGCGCCGCCGUGACCUGGCCAACAUGACGGGCCUGCUGCAUCUGAGUUUGUCACGUAAUACCAUUCGUCAUGUGGCAGCCGGCGCCUUUUCUGAUCUUCGUGCCCUGCGUGCCCUGCAUCUAGAUGGUAACCGGCUGACCUCACUGGGUGAGGGUCAGCUGCGCGGCCUGGUCAAUUUGCGUCAUCUCAUCCUGAGCAACAACCAACUGGCAGCCCUGGCGGCUGGUGCCCUAGACGACUGUGCCGAGACACUUGAGGACCUCGACCUCUCUUACAACAACCUGGAACAGCUGCCCUGGGAGGCUUUGGGCCGCCUGGGCAACGUCAAUACAUUGGGCCUCGACCACAACCUGCUGGCUUCUGUUCCUGCCGGUGCCUUUUCCCGCCUGCAUAAGUUGGCGCGGCUGGACAUGACCUCCAACCGCCUGACCACCAUUCCACCUGACCCACUUUUCUCCCGCCUACCACUGCUGGCCAGGCCCCGGGGCUCACCUGCCUCUGCCCUGGUGCUAGCCUUCGGUGGGAACCCCCUGCACUGCAACUGCGAGCUGGUGUGGCUGCGGCGGCUGGCGAGGGAGGACGACCUCGAGGCCUGCGCCUCCCCGCCUGCUCUGGGUGGCCGCUACUUCUGGGCUGUGGGUGAGGAGGAGUUCGUGUGCGAGCCCCCCGUGGUAACUCACCGCUCACCACCCCUGGCAGUGCCCGCUGGUCGGCCAGCCGCCCUGCGCUGUCGGGCAGUGGGGGACCCCGAGCCCCAUGUGCGUUGGGUGUCACCCCAGGGCCGGCUGCUGGGCAACUCGAGCCGUGCUCGCGCCUUCCCUAAUGGGACACUGGAGCUGUUGGUCACUGAGCCAGGUGAUGGCGGCAUCUUCACCUGCAUUGCGGCCAAUGCCGCUGGUGAGGCCACGGCUGCUGUUGAGCUAACCGUGGGCCCCCCACCACCUCCCCAACUAGCCAACAGCACUAGCUGUGACCCCCCGCGGGACGGGGAUCCUGAUGUCCUCACCCCACCUUCUGCUGCCUCUGCCUCCGCCUCUGCCAAGGCAGCUGACACUGGACCCCCUACUGACCGUGGCGUCCAGGUGACGGAGCAUGGGGCCACAGCUGCUCUCGUCCAGUGGCCAGAUCAGCGGCCUAUCCCAGGCAUUCGCAUGUACCAGAUCCAGUACAACAGCUCAGCUGAUGACAUCCUCGUCUACAGGAUGAUCUCAGCCGACAGCCGCUCCUUUCUGUUGACGGACCUGGCGUCAGGCCGCACCUAUGACCUGUGCGUGCUCGCGGUGUACGAGGACAGCACCACUGGGCUGACGGCCACACGGCCCGUUGGCUGCGCCCGCUUCUCCACAGAGCCCGCACUGCGGCCCUGCGGGGCCCCACACGCACCCUUCCUAGGCGGCACCAUGAUCAUCGCGCUGGGUGGUGUCAUCGUGGCCUCAGUACUGGUCUUCAUCUUCGUUCUGCUUAUGCGCUACAAGGUGCACGGCGGCCAGCCCCCUGGCAAGGCCAAGGUUUCUGCACCCGUCAGCAGCGUCUGCUCCCAGACCAACGGCGCCACACCAGCUCUGUCUGCUCCUGAGCCCUCCGUGCCCAGGGCCCACACCGUGGUGCAGCUGGACUGUGAGCCCUGGGGGCCCAGUCACGAACCCAGGGGACCCUAGCCUCAUGCCCACCUCUGUGGCUCUUCUGGUCCAAGGGGUGGCAGGACCCAGGCACCCCGUGGGACCUGGCCUCAGACUCACCAAAAUGUUCACGGUUUUUAAAACUGAUGGGGAAGGUGUCAGGGGCACUGGGGAGCACAACAAGAAAGUCUUAUUUUUCUAAGCUUGGGC